AUGAAGAUACUCUUCAUCCGUCACGGAGAGACUACUGAUAACCUUCGGCAUGUCUACGCCGGCGUGACCGACUCCUCUCUAACCUCCCACGGGGUCCUCCAAACCGCCCGACUAGCUAGCCACAUCGGCAGCACAAUCCCUCCGAUCACACAUAUCUUCUCAUCACCCCUCUCACGGGCUAAAAAGACAGCAGAGGCGAUAUACGAAGAACAGAAAAGACUUAGAGUCUCCCAAUCACGGAACAAACAUACCUCAUCCACAGAAAAGGAUCAGGAGGGAGAGAGGGAGGAAGGGGAGGAGAGAAAGGAAAAGGACAGUACCUCGGAUCUUCCGGAAACAGCAGCAUCGUCUUCAAAUUCCAUAAAUCCCAUAUUAAACGAAGAUGAAAAGAAGAUUGGAUAUGAUGACGGAGAGGAGGAAGAAGCUGGUGAAGCAAUAUAUUUCAAGAUCGAUGCCGAUCUUAUAGAGCAGGAUUUUGGAAGUUAUGAGGGGGAGACGUUUCUUACUACUACGCCGAAAAAAAACUUGAAGAAAAGGAAAAGAAGCGAUAGUGUAGGCUCCGGAGUUGGAAGUACGAGUAGUCCUGCUGGUGGGAGUGGAGGAGAUAUGAAGAAGAGGAGGGGUGAUGAUAACGAACCGUCCACUUCCAGGAAGACGGAUGUCGAAAUGACGGCCGGGGAGAAAGGACCUCUUACGGGAGCUAUCGAUACCCCUUUAGCAGCAGCAGCAGUUCCGCUUCCCGAGGAGGAAGAGGAAGAAGGAGAGGAAGAGGAAUUUCGAGAAAUGGAAACCCCAGCUUCAAUCAAAGCACGAGCAGACUCUUUCGUCCAUCGCUGCAUCAUCCCCCUCCUACCAGGAACACCGAUCCUUCUACCUCCAUCCCUUGCCGGUGGAUCCCAGAAUACAACGACUGCGAGUAACGAUCAAGACCCUCCGCCGGAAGGCUCCUCGCCUGUCGUUGCUAUAGUUUCCCAUGGUAUGCUACUAUCUUGGCUGUGGAAAUCGUUUGUGGCCUUAUUCCCACCUACGUCCGUACUUGCAACUACACCGGUUGUGCAGAAGGGGUGGUAUCAGGGCAAGCAUCCCGGAUGGGGGAAUACGGGAUAUCUAGUAGUUGAAGUAUUACCAAAGGGCGUUGUGAGUAAAGAUGGAAUGACGGUGGUGAUAGAGGGUGUUAAUGAGAAAGUACAUUUGGUAGGACUCAAGAGGACUGGCGGUGGAGUAGGGAGUGAAAAGUGGGAUCAAAGACAGACUAAAUUAGAAGGGUUCUUUGGGAAGAAGGAAGGAUAG